AGAUAAACACAACAAUUAUUGAGGAUCAUAUCAUAACCAAAGAUCAUUCAAAGUGUCAAUCUUUAUAGAAAUUCUUGACAAAAGCCAGGAAAUUAAAAGCAAAUCAACAUAUCUCACUUUCUGCUUUUUGAUCAAUGGCCAUGUUCUUGGUAAGUUGUACCAUACAAAUAAAGAGUGUAGACUACAUGUGCAUAUGCUCUUCAAUUUUCCGAGUCAUCCCUGCUUCUGCUUUUGCAUUUUGAGCUUAAAAUUUCGUUGGCAAAAGCAAAAGCAGCAGAAAAGCACUUCUGAUUCUCUCUUUCUUUUUUCCACUGUCCAUACACAGAAUAUUUCCAGCCCCAUUCUUCAUCACAAAGCAAAAUAUAUAUGUGUAUAUCUCCUUUAUCAUUACAUGCAACUCAGUCAUCUUCCUUUUUCUUUUAAUUCACUUUUAUCUUGAUUACUUUUUAUCUCUUCUCUCUCACUUUCUCUUUCUUAAAGCCUUCAAUUGUUAUCCAUUUUUAAAUGCACAAUCCCGCCGAUGUCUUUUAAGUACUAAUGCCAUUGUUUGCAUCUCAUUAAAUAUCCCUUUCAGUUUCUUCCUCAACAAACACUUCAAUGGCUGCCAAAACAGCUCCUAAAUGCAUCUUCUUCUUCCUCUUCUCAUUCCUCAGCUUCAUCAUCUCUUCUUCUGGAACUUUGGUGGGGUUGUCCUAUAAUUUUAGAGUAAACUCACCAUAUUCAUCUCCUGGUGAAGUAGUUUCUUUCCUGAAGCUGAACAGGGCCUCUCGUGGAGUUUCAGUUGAUCUUUACUUGAAUGAAAGCCUGGUCGAGAGUUUUUUGCAUACUGAAACAUCUGCAAUUUCAUGGCUCAAAACUCAUGUAGAAACUCUUCUCCCACAUGUGAGCAUCAGAAGCAUAGUGUUAAUCUGCAAAAGUGAGAGUUUUUCAGGCAAAGAUAUUUUAUCAAGAUUGAAAACAUUCCAUUUAGUCCUCAGCAGAGUUCAUCUUGGAAGAAAAGUUAAGGUCUCAGUAGCUUUUUCAUUGUCUUUAUUAGAGAAUCUGAACCAUUCCCAUCACAGAGAUUUGCAGAGAAUUUUUUAUUUUGUCAAGAAAAUUAGAUCUUUUGUUACCAUUGAGGCUUGUAUUGAUGGAGAAUUAAGCGUUGGAGAUCAUUUUGUUCAGUCAAUAAUCAAGAAAGCUAGUUCUAAUCUUCCAAGUAACGAUGUUCCUGUUAUUUUCACAUUGAAAAGCCUUCUUGCUCCUACUGCCAGAGUUGCUGCUGAAUUUGUCACAGAAGUUUCAAAAUCUUUAGAAAACAACAUUGAAUUGUAUGCAGAAGUGUCUUCUCCGGAAGAUUUUGUUGCGGAAGAACCGAUCUUUUCACCGCGAAGAAAACUCCUAAAUAACCUGAAAAUCACUUCACAUGACAUAUUCAACCCCCCUACAACAAUCUUUCAAACAACUCCUCCAGGAGCUAUUCCUCCUGAUAUUCCUACACCAACAAUUGUCACUGUCCCUGCUACUAAUCCUGUCACUGUAACACCGGCGAAUCCUGAUUUAACUCCUCUCCCAAUUCCCUCCACCACUCCUGUGAACAUCCCUCCGGCAACUCCUGUCAAUCCUCCAGGACCAGUCACCAAUCCUGCCACAACUCCGGCGCCAAUAACUGUCCCUGGUGCACAACCUAUAACAAAUCCAGUAACAACAUAUCCAGCUCCUCCAGGAAAUGUGCCUGUCACAACACCAGUUACAAGUCCUGUGACACCUCCUGCACAGACUAAUGCUCCUGCCAUUCCAGGACAAAGUUGGUGUGUGGCCAGAAGUGGAGCCCCGGAGACUCAACUUCAAUCUGCUUUAGACUAUGCCUGUGGAAUUGGAGGGGCAGAUUGUUCAUUGAUACAACAAGGAGGGAGUUGUUAUAAUCCUAAUACUCUUCAAAACCACGCCUCAUUUGCAUUUAAUAGCUAUUAUCAGAAGAAUCCUGUGGCAACAAGUUGUGAUUUUGGAGGGACUGCUGUUGUUGUCAGCACCAAUCCAAGUACUGGUUCUUGUGUUUUUCCAUCAUCAGCAUCAUCAACAUCAUCAACAACUCCACCAUCAUCAACAACACCACCAUCAACAACUCCGCCAUCAACAACUCCACCAUCAACAACUCCAAUAACAACACCAACUACAACACCAACAACACCACCAACUACAACUGCUCCUCCAGCUACCACAACUGGAUCACCAUUACUGCCAGGAGUACCAGGAUCUGUUAAUCCACCAACAGUGUUAAAUUCAAGCAGUCCGAACACAGCUUUCGGGUCCGAUAGCCCUCCAGUCGUGAACACAUCAACAUCCACAUCAAUUAGCGCGCAAACCUUCAGGGGUUACUUCACUUUGGUAACAUUAUCCUUAGUUACUGGAAUCAUCAUUCUACACUUAUAGAACAAAGAUCACUUUUGCAUGUACAUUGAUGAAUCAUCAGAAGCUCUCACAUCAAUCUCUUCAGGAAAUUUAAGAAACAUGAGGUGAAUACCGAAAGGCUCAAACAUAUAUAGCUAGCACCCUUGUUAAAAAUCUAGAGAUAAAUUUAGUUUCUGCCUGAAAAAUAAUAUGUUCUAUGCUUAAAAUUAGGCUACUUUGAUUGUAAAAUAGGGAAUUUUGAUACUACUGCAUUUAUUUGCUUUCAAUUGAUGUAAAGUUAGUAGUUCAAAUGCUGAGUAUUGCUUGUGAUAAUUGAGUGAUCAAAUUCAUUUUAGAAGUUUAGAGAUUAGUGGUGGUUUCA